AAAUAUUUGUACCUUCUCAGUACUACAUAAUACUACACAUUAACAAUCUCAAAAUAUACAAAAAAACAUUUUAAUGACGAGAAAUAAAAUGAAACUUGCUUUCAUUUCCAACGAUUCUUCAAGAAAAGCAACUUUCAAAAAAGAAAGAAGGGGUUGAUGAAGAAAGUACAUGAACUCUCAACUCUAUGUGGCAUCACAUCGUGUGCGAUCAUCUACAGUCCGUAUGAUACCAGUCAUGAAGUGUGGCCAUCAAAUUCUGGUGUGCAAAGAGUGGUUUCCGAAUUUAGGACACUCCCGGAAAUGGAUCAACACAAAAAGAUGGUAGAUCAAGAAGGUUUUCUCAAACAAAGGAUCGCGAAACCGACAGAGAAUUUGAGGAGACAAAGAAAGGACAAUAAGGAGCUCGAGAUGACUGAAGUCAUGUUUCGAUGCUUAAUUGGAAACAUGGAGAUGCUUAAAUCAGAAUCACAAUCAGAAUCAACAACAAUGGUUUAUGAAAAUGAUGAACCAUCUUGAGCAAAUGAAGUAUCCAGGAGAGCAAAUGGCGUUUCAAUUCAUGGAUGAUAGCCAACACAACCACAUCCACCGUCAUCAACAAGAGCACCAACAUCAUAUCCCUGGAGAAUCUUCCAUCGCUCUUGAUGUCGGCAACUCAAGCGAUAUCGUACAUAGUUCUUGUUCUAAGUAUUUCCAAUAAUAAAUGGUUUCGUUAGGAUUUUAUUUAAUGUGGUAUUACAAUAAUUUCGAGAAUGGAUUGAUAAGUGAAUUUAUAAUUAGCUUUCAGUUUU